AUGGCAAGCAAAAAGCGUGAAGUCCAGCUACAGACAGUCAUCAACAGUCAGAGCCUGUGGGAUGAUAUGUUGCUGAACAAAGGCCUAACAGUGAUUGAUGUUUACCAAGCCUGGUGUGGACCUUGCAAAGCCGUGCAACCUUUAUUCAGAAAACUGAAAAAUGAACUGAACGAAGAUGAGAUUCUUCAUUUUGCUGUUGCUGAAGCGGACAGCAUUGUGACUCUGCAGUCAUUUAGAGAUAAAUGUGAGCCCGUGUUCCUCUUCUGUCUCAAUGGUAAAAUUGUUGCAAAGGUUCAGGGUGCAAAUGCACCACUUAUCAAUAGAAAAGUCAUUAGCUUGAUAGACGAAGAGAAGAAGAUUGCAGCAGGUGAAACGGCUCGUCCUCAGUAUGUGGAAAUCACACUAGUUGACCAAUCUGAAGAAGAACUGGGGGAAUCACAGUAUGACAGUAUUGGCGAAAUCUACAGCAUUACUAUUUUGAAACCUGAUGCUGUACUCAGGAGAAAACAUAUAGAAGUUAAGGAAAAAAUUAUCAAAGAAGGAUUUAUCGUAGAAGCACAGGACAACACGUUUCUCCCUGAAGAGCUAGUGAGGGAAUUCUAUAUUCAUUUAGCAGACCAGCCCGACUUUGAAGAGUUUGUAGCUUUUGUAAUAAGCGGCCUAAGCUGUGUGCUCCUUACAUCUCAAGGAGAAGAAGAGAUUAUCCAGGAAGAAAUUCAAUCUCAGUCUGAAGAAGAAGAGGAAGAAUUAUCUGAGCAUCCAGAUGAGCCUCACGUUAAAUUUGCAACCAUGGUGGCGAUGAAAAAGAAACGGGACAGUUUGCAAGAGUAUUUGGAAAGACAACAUAUAGCUGAGUUUUGUGAUGUUGAGGAUGAUCCAUCUAAGGUUUCUAAAUUCAUUGACAUCUUAUUCCCUGAUUUCAAAACCAUGAAAAGCAUGAAUAUCCAAAGGACCCUGGCAUUACUGCGGCCAGAAGUCUAUGAGGACAGGAAAGAUGGCGUUUUGGACAUUAUUCAGAAGGAAGGGUUCACCAUACUGAUGCAGAGACAAAUAUUAUUAUCAGAGGAAGAAGCCAGAACAGUGUGCAAGAACUAUGAGAAUGAAGAGUACUUUAGUAAACUUUUAGCAUACAUGUCCAGCAGUCCAUCUUACGUCCUUGUUCUAUUGAGGGCAAAUGCUUUGGAAUAUUGGAAAGAGUUAAUGGGACCAAAAACUGUUGAGGAAGCAUUCGCAUCUGAUCAAGAGAGUUUAUGUGCACAGUUUGCCACAGGAAAUUUCCCUAUCAACCAGUUCUAUGGAAGCAGUUCAAGGGCAGUGGCUGAGAAGGAAAUAGAGUACUUCUUUCCUCCUCAGAGCACGCUGGCACUGAUCAAGCCCCACGUGACUCAGGAACAAAGACUGGAGAUCCUGAGGGCCAUUAAAGAGGCAGGAUUUGAGAUAACUAUGCUGAAAGAAAUGCUUCUGACUCCCGAGCAUGCCAACAAAGUUUAUUACAAAAUAACAGGAAGAGACUUUUAUAAAAACGUCUUGGAAGUCUUAUCUUCGGGCACAUCUAUAAUCAUGGUACUGACCAAGUGGAACGCUGUUGCAGAAUGGAGACGAAUGAUGGGUCCGGUAGACCCAGAAGAAGCAAAACUGCUCUCCCCAGAUUCCCUCCGAGCCAAUUAUGGACUAGACAUUUUGAGAAAUGCUGUCCAUGGGGCAUCUAAUGCAUCUGAAGCAGCAGUCAGCAUCAAUAAUGUGUUCACAGAGGAUAAUCCCGAAGACUAG